AUCGGAAGAAAGUGUUGAUUCAGUGUCUGGUUUUGAUCCUCUCGCUGCGGAAAUCAGUAAAGUUUUUAUAGGGUCGGAGCUGGUGCGGAGUGAGGACAGCGGACUGUCCCUCAGUGUUAUGAUGUCCCUGCGCCGCGGCCUCCUGUGGACUCUGCUGCUCGUUUUCACUGUAAUACUGACAGCAGCUGCAGCUACUGUAAUGCCUCAUGUCAUACCCACCGCUCUGGGUGUUGUAUCCUUCAGCGGAGCGGUUCUUCUGUGGAGAAACGUCAGCCUGCGGUUGAAGGCCGAGAACAGGACUGUAUGGGGUCUCCUAAAUCAGUUCUUGGCUGUCAGGUUUGUGACCUGGCUGGGAAAACGCCAGAGAGAGAAGCUGGAGAAAGAUACGCUGGACAUUCAGAGGGUGCAGGAGGAAACUCUGCUCAGACGACUGCACAAGAACGCGCACACACUCUAUGGAAAGCAGUACAACUUCAGCUCUAUCAAAGACUCUGAAGAAUUCCGCCGCCGUCACCCAAUCACGGUGUAUGAUCAUUAUAGAGAGUUAGUGCAGCAGGUUUCUGCAGGAGAGGAGAACGUUCUGAUUAAAGAGAAGCCGCUCAUCCUGGCCAUGACAUCUGGAACAUCUGGAAGCAGCAGCAUGCUCCUGAGCACCAAGGACACCAGCACUGAGUUCUUCUUACAGGGUGUGUGUGUAUGUGUAGAUGUCAUGAGGAAAGCUUUCCCGGGCUCAAUCAGCCUCCAAAGGACCCUAAAGCUUUUCUACUCGCCCACUGUACAACACUCUGAAGGAGGAAUACCUAUUGGACCGAACUCCUCAACCCCCUCCUCCUCCAAACACCUGCUGUACCUCUAUACUACUCCAGCACCUGCAUUCCAGGUGCUGAAUGAGAGGGACGCAUUAUAUCUCCAUCUACUGUUCGCCUUGAAGGACCGCCAUGUUGGUACUAUAGAAUCCAACUUCUGUUCGACUGUGUUCUAUGCCUUCAGAGCCCUGGAGGAGCGGUGGGAGGAGCUUGUUGAUGAUGUUGAGACUGGUGGGCUGAGUAAGAGUUUGGAGCUGGAUGGUGGGAUAAGGUUGGCCCUGGAGAAGCUUCUGGAGCCCGACCCCGGCCGUGCCUCAGAGCUAAGAGCCCAGUUCAGCGAAGGCUUCCAGGGCAUUGCUCUCAGGCUCUGGCCCCGUUUACACCUGGUGCUGGCUGUGGACUCUGGAUCCAACCAGAUUUACGGAGAGUUACUGAGGCAGCACUACUGCAAAGGCCUACCUUUCUAUUCGCCCUUCUAUGCUGCCACUGAAGGUUUGAUAGGUAUAAACCUGUGGCCUCUUCAGGAGAGCAGGCAUUAUCUGCUCUGUCCUCGCUCCAUGUUCUGUGAGUUCCUGCCUGAGGAGAGCUUAGACUCAGAGCAGUCCAAUACGCUCCUCAUGCACCAGGUAGAGGAAGGAAAAAACUACGAGCUGGUCGUCACCAACGCAGCUGGACUGAACAGGUAUCGCAUUGGAGACAUUGUUAAAGUGGUUGGGUUCCACAACCAGUGUCCAGUGGUGGAGUUUCUCUACAGGCGAGGUCAGAUGUUGAGCGUUCGAGGUGAGAAGGUAUCUGAAGCUUUGUUUUUGGGUGCUCUGAAGAAGGCGGUAGCUCAGUGGCCUGGGGCUAAACUGGUGGACUACUGCUGCGCUGAGAGUGGCGUUCUGGGAGACUCAUCAGGAGGAGCUCAGCCGCAUUACCAAGUGUUCCUGGAGCUGAAGGGGGUCAGGAACCUCACAGAAGAGCAGAGAUAUAAGCUGGACUGCUGUCUUCAAGCGGACUCGGCUGUCUACAAGUCCUUCCGGAUCAAGGGCAGCAUCGGACCAAUGAGAGUACAGCUGGUCAGCCAGGGGGCGUUUGAGGCGCUGAAAGGUCACAUGAUGUCCACCAACAUCACCUCCAACACGUUCAAAAUGCAGCGCGUCAUCCGCAGGAAGGAGCAUGCAGUCUUCCUGCUGGGGAAAACUGUUUCUUGAGAGAUGCUUUGAUGACCAAUGCAGUUAUGAAAUGUAAUCUUUUAAGGAUUCAGAUGAAGUUGCCUAGCAAUCUAUAUUUAAGCCUAAAACCUUUGAAAGAAAUGGUGAAACUCAUAAGAAGUCACUGUAAAAGGGCAGCAUCAGCACAGGGGAGCUGAGUUUGGCUGUGGUUAUUAACUUCGGCCACCAGAGGGCAGCAAACUAAAGCUUGUCUCUGAAUUUGGAAGACAAACAAUGGUCAGGACAUUGAGUGGGAGUAUAAUAUGUAUAUUAAUGAGCUUUAUAGAAGAAUGCUAUGUAACAAAAUAACAAGAAGAAAACCCCAAAACAAACAAGUUUUUUUUUACUUUUUUACAUUUUAAUUGAGUUUUAAAUGGGAAUUUUUUUUCAAGAAUUUUUUUCAAAAGUUGUGUGGAAGUGUUAUGAUGAACGGACCAAAAGUGCUCCAAUAUUACUUGGACUAAACUCUCUUUACAGUAUUAAAAGUUGGCCUUUUCCUGUAAAGUUACUAUUUUGGAGAAUAAAUAUUUUAAUG